UCCAGCAAAAAGCGCACAGCGAAGGAGGAAGAGCAAGACGAGGAGGAGAAGAGCUACGCAAAGCACGUCCAAAAUACUCAUCAAGGUGAACAUUUUUCCAACUAUAUUUGCAUGUUUUAAGAAGAACUGGAAUGAGCAGCGAAACAAAGGCAACAGCCCUCCUUGGCUCCAAGCACCGCGACGCUCGCAGCCGCGCUCCCCUAGUUCGCCUCACAGGAGCGUGCAGUCGUGCGCCAUGAGAGGAGUAUUGUGGCUGAGCUCCACUGAGAGGAGGAUAUAUCACCUGACAACCACCCUCCUCCCUCUCCAUCACCUCCAAAGGGGGGAAAGAACCAGACACCGUCGCUCCCCCCAUCUUGCAAACGGGAGGCUGUGAACGCCUCAUAAUUAGUUGCGCGUCAUAGGAAGGACAACUUUCAGUACCGGUGGGGAAAAAAAAAAAAAAAAAAAAUCCGGGGCAACUUGCAUCCCCGACUGGACCGAGCUGUCAGCGUCUCCUUCACUUUAUAAAGUCAGGCAAAGUCUUGAUAAAGUCCUGGGGCCACCGCAUCGAAGAUGCCGGUCCGGAGAGGGCAUGUGGCUCCGCAGAACACCUUCCUGGACACCAUCAUCAGGAAAUUCGACAGUCAAAGUCGCAAGUUCGUCAUUGCCAAUGCAAGAGUGGAGAACUGCGCCAUUAUCUUCUGCAACGAUGGCUUCUGUCUCAUGUGCGGUUACUCGCGAGCCGAGAUCAUGCAGAAGCCGUGCACGUGUAACUUUCUGUAUGGACCCGAAACCAAACGUCUGGCCAUCGCUCAGAUGGCGCAGGCCCUGCUGGGCUCUGAAGAGAGGAAAGUGGAGAUCAACCUUUACCGCAAAGAUGGUCAGUGCUUCCUAUGUAUGGUGGAUGUGGUGCCCGUGAAGAACGAAGAUGGCAUGGUGAUCAUGUUCAUCCUCAACUUUGAGGUCAUGACUGAGGAGACACUGCAAGACGGCAAACAGGAGCUCAACCAUCGCCUUCCCACCUGGCUCGUCACUGGUCGUCCCAGAGGCUUCAAGUUACGCCUUCCCCUGCUGCGCUCCCUCUCUAACAGUAAAGUGUCUCUGGAUGACGCAGAGUCCGCUCACAUACCCGUCGCGACAACUUUGCCACUGCACCCGGUCGACCACUGCCACGAGUCCCUCGGCUUGGAGGAGUUCUUGCCCCUCUCUCCUUUAUCGCCGGAGAACCCGGAGCAAAUCAGUGAAAGCAGGUCAGCUCUACAAAGUUGGCCAGAGGACCACGUGGAAGACCAUUGCACUUUACUGGACUCUGCAUCCACCACAGCACCUCACCACGUAACGCACUUAGUCGGACCCCUCACCCAGUCGUCUCCUUGCGUAGCACCCCACCAUCGCCUCAGCCUCAACCAGGACGCCUCUGGCUCGAACUGUUCCUUGUCGCGCAGCCGCUCGCGCGAGAGCUUUCACAGCAUGAGGCGCGCAUCCUCUGUGGACGAGAUUGAGGCCAUGAGGCCUGACUGGGACCGGAAAAACCGGAGAACCAGUGUCCGACUGGGAAGCACUGGUGCAGUGAACAGUAAGUCCAACAUACUGAACUCCACGUCAGACUCUGACCUCAUGCGGUACCGUACCAUCUCCAAAAUUCCUCAGAUCACCCUGAACUUUGUGGAUUUCAAACCCGACCCACUCAUCGCCCUACCCUCAGGGGAGAUGGACAUCAUUGCACCUUGCAAACUCAUCGACCGCACGCACAAUGUGACGGAGAAAGUCACCCAGGUGCUCUCGCUGGGUGCAGAUGUUUUACCAGAGUACAAGCUCCAGGCUCCUCGUAUCCACAGCUGGACAGUGUUGCACUACAGUCCCUUCAAGGCGGUAUGGGAUUGGCUCAUCCUGCUGCUGGUCAUCUAUACCGCCAUCUUGACACCUUACUCAGCUGCUUUCCUUUUAAAUGACCAGGAAGAAGCAGCCAUGCAGCGCUGCGGUUAUUCCUGCUCGCCUCUCAAUGUGGUGGACCUUAUCGUGGACAUCAUGUUUAUUAUCGACAUCCUCAUUAACUUCAGGACGACGUAUGUGAACUCCAACGAUGAGGUGGUGAGCCAUCCGCUGAGAAUUGCCGUGCAUUACUUUAAAGGCUGGUUCCUGAUCGACAUGGUGGCCGCCAUUCCCUUCGACCUUCUGAUUUAUCGCAGUGGGGAAGAGACCACCACUCUGAUUGGCCUGCUGAAAACGGCUCGUCUCCUCCGAUUGGUCCGCGUAGCACGAAAACUGGACCGCUACUCGGAAUACGGCGCGGCUGUCCUCUUCCUCCUCAUGUGCACCUUUGCCCUCAUCGCACACUGGCUGGCCUGCAUCUGGUACGCCAUCGGCAAUGUGGAGCGGAACGGCUCAAUUGGGUGGCUCCAUACACUCGGGGACCAACUUGGAAAACAUUACAACGACUCUAUGCCAGGAACGGGACCCUCCAUUAAAGACAAGUACGUGACAGCCCUGUACUUCACCUUCAGCAGUCUGACCAGUGUUGGUUUUGGAAAUGUCUCCCCAAACACCAACUCGGAGAAGAUUUUCUCCAUCUGUGUCAUGCUCAUAGGAUCGCUAAUGUACGCCAGCAUCUUCGGGAACGUCUCGGCCAUCAUCCAGCGGCUGUACUCCGGAACGGCCCGCUACCACACCCAAAUGCUUCGAGUCAGGGAGUUCAUCCGCUUCCACCAGAUCCCCAACCCGCUCAGGCAAAGGCUGGAGGAGUAUUUCCAACACGCCUGGUCCUACACCAACGGCAUCGACAUGAACGCUGUGUUAAAAGGUUUCCCGGAGUGUCUCCAGGCGGACAUCUGUCUCCAUCUCAACCGGACGUUGCUGCAGAACUGUAAGGCUUUUAAAGGCUCCACCAAGGGCUGCCUCAGGGCCUUGGCCAUGAAGUUUAAGACCACCCACGCACCCCCGGGUGACACGCUCGUCCACGCCGGGGACGUCCUCACUGCAAUCUACUUUAUAUCCAGAGGAUCCAUUGAGAUAUUAAGAGGGGAUGUGGUGGUUGCCAUAUUAGGAAAGAACGACAUCUUCGGUGAACCCAUCAACCUGUACGCCCGGCCGGGUAAAUCCAACGCAGACGUGAGGGCGCUAACCUACUGCGACCUUCACAAAAUCUUCAGAGAAGAUGUUCUAGAGGUGCUGGACAUGUAUCCUGAAUUUGCGGAACACUUCUGGAACAACCUGGAAAUUACCUUCAACCUCCGUGAUACCAACAUGAUCCCAGGAUCGCCGAGCAGUGAUGAAUCAAAAUGUGGGGGGUUCAACAAACUACGCAGACGGAAAUUGUCAUUUAGACGACGCACUGAGAAGGAUGACGCAGAUGUCGGUGAAAUUAAAAAAUCCCACAAGUCUGUAAAUAGAAGAAGAGAAAGAGAAGCAGCCCAUAACCAAAAACGUCAAGAGGCAGCAAACAGGCGGUAUCGCGACUCGGUGUCUUCCCAUUCCAGCGGGGAUGAGAGAGAAGAGUCAGUUGUGACAAUGUCUGCAAUGAUGGAGAACCAUCAUAGCCAGGCGGCACACAAAGCCUUCACUGAGAGCACCGAUGGAGAUGGGGAAGUCAAGACGGGCAACACCUGCAAUGCAUUGUCAGGUGCCCUCUCAGGUGUGUCCAACAUUUUCAGUUUCUGGGGGGAAAAUCGAGGGGGUGCUCAGUACCAGGAAGUUCCCAGCUGUAGUUUAGCCCCGCCCCCAGCCCUCAGCACACCUUUGCACAGCUUGAGCCGCCAGCAACGCAACCAGCUGGAAACACGCCUUGACCAGCUGCAAAAACAACUCAACAGAUUGGAGACUCGCAUGUCAGCAGAUAUUGGAACCAUCAUGCAGCUGCUGCAGAGACAAAUGGCUCUGGUCCCGCCCGCCUACAGUGCUGUAUCAUCACCGCCUCAGGCCUCCCCAUGCGCUGAUCCAGGCACUGGAGAGAAACAAGUUCCGCCUGUUACACAACUGGAGACAAACACCCUGGCCUCCGUAUCACAGAUCUUGGAUUCUCAGGACUUUGAGGAGUUCCCAGCCACGUCUCCAGAAUCUCGAGAACUGCAGGACUCGCCUUUGAUCGUAGAUUUACAUUCAGGCAAUGGUUCGGGAUCAUUUUCUGGGACGAGCUCAAGAAGAACAGGGUUGGAAUUUGGUCCGGAGUUGUGCAUCGAGGUUGGGGGUGAGCAAAUGCGGCCAUUUUCCCAGGAUUCUGAAACCCAAAGGAGGUUGUCUCUCCAAGAGUCACAUACACCUCAGGACUCACGGACACCACAGAGACACAGCUCGGCCCCAGGGGAGAGCUAAGGAAGAAGCAACGGGUACAGAGAACGGGAAGGUUCGACGGUGAGAGAAAAAUGAUGUAUCCUUAUUGGCCCUAUUUCAAACUUUACAACCAAAACCCUCCAGUGACCUUAAAUGCAAGGAUGCACCAUUCACUAAGACCGGCCUCAGUCCAGAGGAUAAAAUAAAGUUGAUGCCUCUCUCAUCCAAGUUUCUUCCCACUCUGCAUGAACACCCAAAGUUCUUCAUUUUGAACCCCUCCCCUCCCUAAAAAGAGCAGCGAGGUGCUCUGAUAGGCAACUCAAAUGGAUCCUGAGGUUGACAUCACUCUCAAACGACUGCAAUCCUAUAGGAGUAUCCCUUUACUGCUGAAUCCAGUCUUGGAUGACUUAUCGAAUACAUGUAAAGACAAUAAAAAAAACAAAAAAACAGCAGACUGAAUAAUAACGAAACAAGUAGCCAUCACGUCUUGCACUGAAACAAUUAUUCUUAUGUGUCAGUGGCGCUUCCAAAAGAAAGGAAAAAAAAAACCUCAUAAACCGGUUGGUCAAAAUGUAGUGUUAGCUGGCCUAACAGGAAACCUGCUUGUCCCAUUGUGUCAACGGUUCCUCGCCCCCCCGACGUCCCGCGCCAAGAGGUGGAGAAAAAGCGCCGCCCUAAUUCCCAAGAGCACACUCGACUAGCUGGCUGGUUUGCACCUCAGGGGUGGGAACUGGAGGGUUAAAAAGCCAUGAAUUUUCUUGAUGAACAUAUCAGCUGCCCUACCAGAACCAAGGUCAACAUUUUCUCACGGGUGACCAACCCUCAGCAUGCCUGGAUGGUGUCGCAGUUGUGGCUAAAUUGGCUUAACAAAACACAAAUCCCUCAUUUGAGUUGUUUGCAGAAGCGCCGACGUCCACGGUGGGUUUUCGUUUUAUCAUUGUUGAAUUUGCUACCUCAGAUUUCACUGGUCCAUUGUUUUUCACCUAAGUACCCAGAAUGCUUAUAAAUUGUACAUAGCAGUCAUGAGCUACUCAAACAUACAAGUUGGACAGUUUACGACCAGACGAAUGCGCCAUUAUUUUAUGUACAGUACAAUAUGCAAACACUGGCAAGAAGAGAUGAGUGAGUGCGCUUGAUGUUAUCAUUUGACUUUUAUGUAUCUGUGCAUGUGUUUUCAUUUUAGGUUUUCCACCAUAGGGCAGUUUGUCUUAAUUAAGUUUUGUUUUGUGGAUCUAAGCAGCACAUGUAAAAAAAAAAUCCCUUUAAUAUGAACUUUCAAAAUAGUUUCAAGGUCAUGUGAGCAUGCCCGAGACUUUUUAAUUCUUCAGCGUUAUGUUUUAGAAUUUAUAAAGCUACUUGGUGCAUUGCCAGACAUUCUGAGCUAAAAUAUGAGAACUCGGAAAAAAAGAGAAUUCGAAAGUAUGAUGAUGCUCGGGCACACAGGGUGAAAGAAAUGUCAUUUAUGAGUCAUCUUCAUUAUUGAGCAAAUUAUUUAAAAAAAUCUAUUUUCAUUUUAGGUAUCAAAUUAUUUCAAAUGGUACCUGAAAUUAAAUUGGAGGAAAAAUAAAUGUUUUUAUUAAACCCUGAAUAUUAUUUUAACUUUUUUCACUCAAGGACACGGUCGUAUAUAAAGUUUGUAAUAGUGAAAUUAAAGUCAUGGCUUAUUAGCAUCAAUUCAGCCUAACUACAGACAUAUUUUUCAGAUUCAUAGCCCCUCCUUAAUCCCACUUUUCCGAGAGUCUUCCCCUGAAAUUUUGUGCGUGAAUCGACAGGAAGCUUAGUGCAAUCGUCCUUUAAAGUGAUUUGUAGCAGCCGCAACACUUCCGCUCACCUUUUAGCACUUUAUAUUUUAAACCGUGCAAAUGAUUCCUAGAGACUCAGGAAAGUGGCCUUUGGUUCAGUUUUCUUUGUCUGAUAAACAAUUAAAAAAAUGAAUAAAAAUGAGUCAACAUUUGCAGUCACACAUUUAAACUUCAAUUCUGGGGUAUUUCCCCAUUAAGGCGGCAUUUUAAAGAUUGUACCUUGCUGCUUGCUGGUCAAAGCGUGUUUAUUUAUUUAUUUAUUUAUUUAUUUAUUUUGGGUGUCUAAUUAUUUUUAUUUUUCCUCUGUGAAUUAUUUAAUCAUUUUUAACUGUCAAAUUUCUUCCGGAUCAUUAUGUUGUUUUUUUUUCCAGUGUGCUCAUGUAAUGGACACUCAGGCGAGUCGAAAUUUAUAGAAUACAGGAAGUUAUUGAUGAACAAUGUUGUCAUUUUAAUCCAGUGAUUAAUCACCCACAAUAAGAGACAAUAUACUUUAUCACUUUGUCCUCAUUAUGUCAGUAAUUGGAAUAUGCGGCCGUGACGCACUUUAGUAUCGAACCAAAGCAAGAGGGUGCUGCCUGUAAAAACAAAAUGAGGAUUGAUGAUAUAUUUUUUGUCAUGGCUUGGAAUGAAAGGGAAGUCAACUGAUUUUUAAUAAUAAUAAUAAUAACUUUAAGUUUCCACAUUAUGACUUUCAGGAUUUACACUUUUCCUUCAACAAGUUGCAAAAUUGAACACACCCUCCCCACCAAUCCUUUAUGCUGCUUCUCCUCUUCUUGUGUGCAUUCUACCAACAACCAUUCAAAAGAAGCACGGACAUGUUUCAGUCCAAUUCAUUUCUAGUAUGUAUACCGUAUUUUGUCAGUGAAGUAACAAAAUAUUACUGACUUCAUAUAUCCAGCACGAAGCCAGUCUACACUGUACUUUUUUUUUUUUAAAUGUUAGUUUGGCUCUCCUUGGCAUCUCAUGUACUGUAGCGAGUGUUAUUUGAAUUUGUGUUUGUUUGCUUGUUUGUUUGAGUACAAUAAGUCACCUAGUGGCCUGAACUGUAAUUUUACAUUCAGAACUAUGACCUCAAAUGUAGAAUGUGGUUGUAUAUUAUUUGACCUUGUAAGUGUCGGUAGACCUAAGCGUACAAUUUCAAUGCUAGAGAAUAUAUUAUGUAAUGCAUACUGCAUCCUAAAUCGCUAUGGGUACACUUUGAAAAGAAAAAAAAAAGAAGACGCUGAAUUUGCACCACAGGUGGUCGUGCAUGAGAUGGGAAGGUGUGUUGAAAUGAAAGAUGGUUUAAAUACAGUUGGAAAAAUGAGUAACUGAAUAAAUCAAUUAGCGCCUGCA